CGCUUUCUGCACCCGGAAGUGCGUGGCCGGUUGAAAAAACAUGGCGCACAGGGAACCGAUCACUGCAUUAUUAUUGAUAUUUUUAAGACAAUCUGUUUUAAAAUAUGUUCUUUCUGCUAUUUUAAUUUGUAUAAGCGUAGUAACAGUUAGUACUCAUGAUGACGUGUUCAGUGCAAGUCACGCCGUCAACUCGCAGAUGGCUAGAGCAAGAGACAUACGGUAUCUGCUAUACGAUGUGAACCCACCUGAGGGUUUCAACUUGAGGAGGGACGUCUACAUACGCAUGGCAUCCCUCGUGAAGACCCUUAGGAAGGAUGGAGAGGACUGGGUCCUGGUCCUGCCCCCGUGGGGUCGUCUCUAUCACUGGCAGAGCCCCGACAUCCACCAGGUUCGCAUCCCCUGGGGAGAGUUCUUUAGCCUCCCAAGCCUGCAGGUCAAUGUGCCUGUCGUGGAGUUUGAAGACUUCAUAGCUGAAUCCGGCGGCCCGUUCGUUGACCAAGUCCUGGUACUGCAGAACUACGCAGAGGGAUGGACGGAUGGCAAGUGGGAGGAGAAAGUAGACGAGCGUCCCUGCGUUGACAAACUAAUGUACUCCAAAGAUCAACAGGGCUUCUACAGGGGCUGGUUUUGGGGCUACGAGGAGACGCGGGCUCACAAAGUCAUGUGUAUGUCUGCACAAGGCCAUGCUUCCAUCAUCGCCCCCGUCCUCCACAGUAACAUCACAGUCACAUCAGUUAUGUUGGACCGUGCGGAGACCGUUCUACAUGACCAUUAUGCUGGCAAGGACUACUGGAGUACGCGACGAAGCAUGGUGUUUGCUAAACACUUACGGCUCAUUGGAGAUGAUUUCCGGGCCAAGUACCUCAACUCCACCGACGACAGCGACCACACUGUGUACAACGAGGACUGGACUCGUAUGAAGGCUGAGCUGGGCUCGGCUGAAGGUGGGGCUUAUCUUGGAGUACACCUGCGCCGAAAGGACUUCAUCUGGGGUCACAGGAAAGACGUGCCCAGCCUCAAAGGCGCAGUCAAGAAGAUCCGUACCCUGAUGAAAAAGCACAAAUUAAACAAGGUCUUUGUUGCGACGGAUGCAGAUGAUGAAGAGCUGGAGGAUUUGAAGAGGAUGCUGCCAGAGAUGGUUCGGUUUGAGCCAACCUUGAAGGAUCUAGAGCUCCUUAAAGAUGGAGGAGUGGCCAUAAUUGACCAGUGGAUUUGUGCACAUGCCAGAUUUUUCAUUGGGACCUCCGUAUCGACGUUCUCAUUCCGAAUACACGAAGAGCGCGAGAUCCUUGGCUUCGACCCUAAAUCCACAUAUAACCGGUUUUGUGGGGAUCAAGAGAAAGAAUGCGAACAGCCCACCCACUGGAAAAUCGUCUACUGAUGCCACAUUGUUGUCAACAUUGUUGACUGUAUUGAUGUUUAAGUGCCAAUAGCAGUGUUAAAGUGGAGCAAAUAUUUGUAUUAUAGCAGUAGGAGGAAUCUUCAAAUAUGCUCUCAGAAUAUUAUGUUACAUUUUACGUUUUUUCCAGAAAGGUGAUACCCUCUUUCAGACGAUGUGCGUUGAAAUGCCAAGACGUAUGGAUGGAGAAAACCAUUCCAUUUUAAUUGUGUCUUAUCUGUUACCUGUUUAGUAUUGUAUGUUUUUGACUAACUUUCUUAUGCUUUUGUGAAUGACGUAAAAUGAUGUUUUCUUUUUAUGAAUGAUGGUGUUUCAAUCCCCUGUCAAAUAAAUGUGUCAUUUACA